AUGAGACAACUCAUCUCUGCUUUUGACUCAACCGAUAAAACCCGAUCGAGCCAAAUUCCGACGCGCGACAAAUUUUUCUCAAGCUUCAUUUUCACUCGUCUUUUUUUUUACUUCAAAAAAGAGUCACUUUUGAAACUCCGAUUCUCAAAAAAGAGCUCAAAAAUGGAUACUCAAGAAGAAAAGAAAAACCAGGAGAAGCAGGAAGAGACGAAGAAGGAAGAAAACCAGGAGGAAAAGCAAGAGAAUGAAGCUGAAGAUGAUGAUGACGAGAUCGAAGGAUACUCAGAGAACGUCUGCCACUCCUGCGAGCGAUAUUUCUCACCAGACCACGACAAAAUUGAAGAAAACGAAAUGUACGCGCGGCAGCUUCUCUGGUGCGGCCACGACAACUGGUGCUUCAACUGCCUCCUGCUCGAAUGUCACGAUAUUGAGGCCGAAAAGAUUACUUCUAGCUGCCCGAAAUGCGGCCACGUUGCUGUUCUCAUCAAGGACUUUGGCCUCUUCUACUGA